AUGACGCGACUAAUCCUUUCAACCUCAAAUAUUAUGACCGGCGGCCCUUCAAUCAUACGUAAACCUGGCGCAGACAGGUCCAACCUGGAGCUUACGAAUUCGCUACGAAGUAAUUUCCUUGCAGCUCAACAAGACUACUCUCCAGCUGGCGGAUCCAAAGCCAAUAGUCCGACUAACUACGACGAAGAAGAAUCUGUGAGCCGACCUUCCCCCUCUGUCUGGACUACUCGCGAAAACUCGAACUUCUACAUCCCGACGAUAGACUGGUCGCUUUCUGGACUGUCAGAAGAACCGAGCCAAUAUGACAUUACUGUUAAGCUAUUUUAUCUGCCCGGUGUGGACGUGGCAGACAGAGCCCAGCAUACUAAAGAUGCAAUAGCGUUGGUGUUGAAAGAAUUACGAGUACCUUCCAUCGAUUUGUUGAUUGUAUCCUUCCCCGGCAUGUCCUUUGAAGGCGAUUGCGAGUGGGAUGCGGACAAGAAGAACGCGUCGCAGGGAGACGAUAAGCAAGAAAUAAAGUCUUGGUCAAUUGUCGAAGACCUCUAUGAUCAAGGACUCGUCAAGAAGUUAGGUUUGGCUGAAUUUGGCAGUGAGAAGUUGUCGAGGUUUUUGGACAAAGUCAGGAUUCCGCCAAAGGUAGAUCAAGUCAACAUAAAAGACUGCUGUAACGUCCCCCCGCCGCUCCUUCAACUUGCGAAACGUCAGCAAAUCGAGCUCCUUGUCCACAACGAUUGCACGAAUAUCCUUCCAAGUGGGACUUUGCGAGAGCUCCUGGGCCAAGGAGUCAGAGGUGCUGGAGUCUUGUCCGAGUCCAAACGCGGAAUAGAUGGCAUGAAAGGAGAGCUUACACCCGAGUGGGUUGUCAAGUAUACUGCGGUUGUACGCGAUCGAGGGGUCAUAGAGAAUAAAGGUUACUUUGCUGUCGCGGAUCUGAAGGAGUGA